CUGGCUUGGGCGCGUCACUGCCGGCUAGGGGCGGACUUUGGCCCAUAGCUCUCCACGGAGAUGGCGGCGUUCUCAGGCUGCGGUGUGACCCAGAGAGCCCUCGCAUGGAUAGCCUCAGGGGCGCCACGCAGAGAAUUUUGGUCUGGAUUCAGAAAAGAAAAAAGGCCAGUGGUGGCUGAAACAGUGGAGGAGGUGAAGAAAGAACCUAUCCUUGUGUGUCCACCCUUACGAAGCCGAACAUACAUACCACCUGAAGAUCUCCAGAAUCGUUUGGAAUCUUGCGUCAAAGAAAUUUUUGGCUCAUCUAGCAAUUGGCAGGACAUCUCCCUGGAAGAUGGUCAUCUGAAGUUCAGUUUCUUGGCACGUUUGGCUGAUGACUUGGGCCACACAGUGCCUAACUCCAGGCUUUACCAAAUGUGCAGGGUCAGAGACGUUCUUGAUUUCUAUAAUGUGCCUGUUCAGGAUAGAUCUAAGUUUGAUGAACUUACUGCCAAUAAUCUGCCUCCCAAUUUAAAAAUCACUUGGGGUUACUGAGUAAUUCAGAAGAGGAACACAUUGAAAUCAUUUUAUUCCCCCUGAGCAAGGGGGCGUCUUAUCAGAUCUUUGAUACUUUGUGAAAUACUAUAGAACUGUUCUCUAAACCCACUUUUUUUGUGGAGGAAUGUAUUAUCUGUCUUUCCUCUCAUGUCAUGAAUUGGUAAAUAACAGGAUUUUCUUUUUCACACUUGCCAAAACUUUUUUUUUUUAAGAAAUCAAGGCAUUAAUAGCUUAUGAAAAUUUUCCUCUCCAGAGGACACUGUAAUUAACUUGGGUUUAAGAUGAGGCCAUUACAUGUGUAGAUGGGGCCUUUAUUCUAAAUAGGCAUAAAGUAGUAGAUGCAAGAAAAUAUUAAUUCUGUUAGGACUCUUAAAUAUGGUGUUAUAUAUACUACACAUACAAAUAAGGAGACAGAUAUUUAUUUAAAAAAUUUAUGUUGUAUAUUAAUUUCUACCUGCUUUACUGCACAGGUAGAAAUAGUAGACAGUAUUCAUUUUGGAAUUAAAGUUUCUUGAAAUGUGUUUUUUAUUUUUCUAAAGGUGUAAUUUGCUUUUCUGCCUUGUUUAAGUAUUAAAAAUGAAAAAACUAGAAUAUGUGCCAA